AUGAGAGCAGCAACCCUUCUUCUGCUGUCCCUCCUCCUCUCCGUCGCCGCCGCGGCGACGACGGAGCGGUGCAACCCGCACGACAAGGCCGCGCUGUUCAAGAUCAAGCAAAGCUUCGGCAACCCUUACCUCCUCGCCUCCUGGCUGCCCGACGCCGACUGCUGCACCAGCUGGUACCAGGUCGAGUGCGACCGAACCACGAACCGCAUCACCUCGCUCACCGUCUUCGCGGGCGAGCUCUCCGGCCAGCUCCCCGCCGCGAUCGGCGACCUCCCUUACCUCCAGACCCUCACCUUCCGCAAGCUCACCAACGUGACCGGUCCGGUCCAACCCGCAAUCGCGAAACUCAGCCACCUCGAGUCACUCCGGCUCGACCACCUCAACCUAACCGGUUCGGUCCCCUCCUGGCUGUCGACCCUAAAAAACCUGACCUAUCUGGACCUCUCGUUUAACUCGCUUACCGGCUCGAUCCCCGGCCAGCUCGCCGAGUUACCCAACCUCGACGCGCUCCACCUCGACCGGAACGGUCUGACCGGCCCGAUCCCGGACUCGUUCGGCCGGUUCGGGGGGAAAUUCCCGUCCCUAUACCUCUCCCACAACCGGCUCUCCGGCCAGAUCCCGCCUUCCAUGGCGAAUUACAACACCGAUUUCUCGAUCGAUCUUUCGAGGAACCGAUUGGAAGGCGACGCGUCGAUGCUGUUCGGGGCGGAGAAGAGCGUGCUGUUUGUGGACAUCUCGAGGAAUCUGUUCGAAUUCGAUUUCUCUAAGAUCGCGGCGUUUCCGCCGAACAUGACGAAUCUGGAUGUGAAUCACAACAGGAUCUACGGGAGCAUACCGGCGGCGAUGGCGAGGCUCGAUCUGCAGUUCUUGAAUGUGAGCUACAAUCGGCUCUGUGGGGAGAUUCCGGCCGGCGGGAAGUUGCAGGGGUUCGAUUCGUCGGCUUACUUCCAUAAUCGGUGCUUGUGCGGCGCCCCGCUCGAAAGCUGCAAGUGA